GAACAUCUGUUCAUCCUAUGGUGACUAGAGCAAAAUCAGGGAAGCAUACAGGACAUAUUCAAACUGUGUUUCCAAAAUUUACUCAUGUUAUGACCAGUAAUACCUCUUCUCUAAUUGAUGCAGAUGUUGACAUUCGAGAACCCAAAACAGUAAGGAAAGCAUUGCAACUUCCACAUUGGGUCACUGAAAUGGAGGAAGAACUAGAGGCACUUCAUAAAAACAACACAUGGACAUUGGUUUUUGCACCUUCACCACAAACUAAUAUUGUUGGAUCAAAGUGGGUGUUCAAAACAAAGUUGAAUUCUGAUGGCAGUGUUGAUAGAUUUAAAGCCCGAUCGCUAGAUGUAAAGAAUGCUUUUCUCCAUGGCAACCUCAAGGAAGAAGUGUACAUGCACCAACCACCUAGCUUUGAAGAUCCAAUUCAUCUUGACUAUGUUUGUAAGCUUAUCAAAUCUAUCUAUGGUCUCAAGCAAGCUCCAAGGGCAUGGUUUGACACAUUCACUUUCCAAUUCUUAAAAAUGGGGUUCUCUUACAAUAGAGCAAAUUCCUCUUUAUUCAUUCUUCAUAAUGGUCAGGACACUAUAUUACUUUUAUUAUAUGUGGAUGACAUUGUCCUCACAGCUAGCUCAUUGACAUUACUACAAGAAGUUAUCAAUAAUUUGAGUAGCAAGUUUGCCCUUAAGGACCUCGGAUCUCUUAGCUACUUUCUAGCUGCAACUAUUGCUACCCCAUUAGCGGUCAAAGACAUAACUACACGAGACAAUGAUCCUGUGGAUACACAAGAGUAUAGGAAAAUUGACAUUGGAGUUUCCCUUCCUCAUCCACCUCAACACUUCUCAGAUAACAUUAGCUCAUUACAUAUGUCUGUGAAUCUUGCGUUUCAUGCCCGUACAAAACAUAUUGAGUUGGAUUAUCACUUUGUUCAAGAAAAAAUGGCUCUUGGUACUUUAAUUACCGGGUUAGAACUCUCAUUCAAUACCGAGAAGUUAAAUUCAGGUAGGCGAGCUCGUAGAUCUGUAUCAAGGCCUGGUGCUUCAUCCAAUAUGAAAUUACGCGGAAUUGAGCGCCAGUGGAAUGCUGAACCACAAGCCUCUUGUUUUGAGGGAAAUAAGGGAGGGAAGUUACUUCAUAACUGUUACGUUGCCAAAACAACAUGUUUCCUCAGCUUCUUCAUCCUGGAUGACCAGAAAACCGGAGUUUGGACCCUCUGGAGGAGGGGACGCUAGUGCUGAAGGAAAUCUUUUGUGCAAGGAGAGAGGCCUUGUCACAUACAUCUUUGAUCUUUGGUGUUUUCUUUAAUUUGUUUGAAAAUUGUCUCCAUCUCUCUCUCUUUGUCUCUGGAUUUGUUGCAGAAAGAUGGAUUUUGAAUUUUGAUUUUGACUAAUCAAUAUCCGUUGACUAU